CAAGUCCGCUGGUGAGGACAUUGAGGAUGCAGAGAAUAUAAUUGAGGAUGGCGAUUUCAUCGAAGAUCCUGUAGAUCAUGUUGAGACUGAUGUUGAGGUUGAGGAGGAGAACCAUGUAGUUGAGAUCGAUAAUAUUGAUAAACAACAAACAGAAAGCUGCACCAGCAGCAGGAGCAAGAAAGAACUUCUAAGAACAAGUAUAAAGGAUUCUGAUGCUGUCAGACUGGAGGACGGUGAAGAAGUGGUCGAAACAAAAGACGAGGCGCCGGAAGCUUCAGCGGCAAUGUCUGCAAAAGAUGAGUUGGAACUUUCCUCAACGUCCAAAGAAGAUGUACAAGAGGAUGACGAAGUAGAAGCCACUUCCAAGAACUCCAACAGAGUACUAACGAAUCCAAAUGUCCCCUCUGUUGUAGAAAAUGCUGGAGCCCUUCUUGGCCUCGAUGAUAUGGAUGAAGAGGAGGAAAAGCAGUUUGUGGCAGCGACGUGCAUGCAAGAAACGGAGCUGAAAGAUGGACAUUCCGUGUUUGCCUCCGCUUUUUUUAACAACAAUAACAACAAUAACGGGCGGACUUCUUCAGGAUCUAACAACGC